AGCAGACAGGGAGCUCGCGCUGCGAAGCGACGAACUUUAUAAAUUUUAUUAAAAUAAAAACAAUAAAAACUUUUUUUUCCAUGCCGCUUUCAGCGUGAAACUGAGCAGACAGUGGCGUCACCGAGCAGGUAACAGAGCGGAGACUCAUCGGAGCAUAGACAUAUGUCUAUGCAUCGGAGCGCUUGGCGACACGGAAGUAAAGUCAGGUUGUGAUGAAGAGGAGUCGGCUGCUCGCCGUGCUGGUGGGCGGAGUCUUCUGUGUGGCGGUGAUGUCACUGUACCGCAUGCUGGAGCUGAUGCAGGGAGCCGAGCUUCAGCAGCGCGGGAACACACCUAGUGGACAGGUUGACGAGGAUUUGUACCGCCUCCAGGAGAAGAUUGACAGGUUGGAGCGUCUCCUUAGCGACAACAACCGUCUGGUUGCUACGCUGCGAGACGCUUUGAUCCGCAGCAAAGCAUCAGGGGAGCCAGGGGGCAGGGCCAACGUCAGCUCUGACUCAGCCCACCGCCAGCCUGCCGUGCUGCCUGGCUGCCGAUUGGCCGAAGAGAUGAAGGACGGCGUGCAGCUGCUGGAUGUUUACGACCUUCUGCCAUUCGAUAACGCUGAUGGCGGCGCCUGGAAACAAGGCUUUGACAUCCGUUACCAAGGCAACGAGUGGGAUAAGCAGCCACUGGAAGUUUUCCUGGUUCCUCAUUCACACAACGACCCCGGCUGGCUGAAGACGUUUGACCGUUACUAUGAUGACCAGACGAAACACAUCCUCAACAACAUGCUGAUCAAACUGACUGAAGACAGCAGGAGGAAGAUGAUCUGGGCAGAGAUCAGUUAUUUCUCUAAGUGGUGGAACGACAUCAGCGAGAAGCAGAGAGAGACGGUCAGACGCCUUCUGGGGGCGGGGCAGCUGGAGCUGGUGACAGGGGGCUGGGUGAUGGCCGACGAGGCCAACUCACAUUACUACGCUCUACUGGACCAGCUGAUGGAGGGACACCAGUGGAUGGAGAGACACCUGGGUGUGUCUCCCAGCAGUGGUUGGGCCAUCGACCCGUUUGGCCACUCCCCCUCCAUGGCCUACCUGCUGAAGGGGGCGGGGCUUAGCAACAUGGUCAUCCAGCGCGUUCACUACGCCGUCAAGAAGCACUUCGCCCAGCAACAGACGCUGGAGUUUCUAUGGCGACAGAGCUGGGACUCCUCCCCCCGCAGUGACAUCACAUGUCACAUGAUGCCAUUCUACAGCUACGAUGUGCCGCACACGUGCGGUCCGAACCCAGCAGUGUGCUGCCAGUUUGACUUCCACCGCCUGCCGGGGGGGCGGGUCUUCUGCCCGUGGAGGAUUCCGCCGCAGCCAAUCACAGAGCAGAACAUCAAGGAGAGAGCCGGCGUCCUAUUGGACCAGUACCGACAGAAGUCCCGCCUCUUCCGCUCGCCCGUCCUGUUUGUCCCGCUCGGUGACGACUUCCGCUUCGUUGACGCCAGCGAGUGGGACGCCCAGUUCACCAACUACCAGAAGCUGUUCGACUACUUCGACAAGCACCCUGAGCUCCACGUCAAGGCUCGUUUCGGGACGCUGUCAGAUUACUUCCAGGCUCUUCAGCGCCGUCUGAGCACCGCCGGCGACUCGCUGCCCACACUGCGCGGCGACUUCUUUACGUACGCCGACCGAGACGACCACUACUGGAGCGGAUACUUCACCUCCAGACCGUUCUACAAACGGCUCGACAGGACGCUGGAGGCCACGCUCAGAGCAACAGAAAUCCUCUUCAGCUUGGCGUUGGCUGAAAUGCGGCGUUUCCGUGGCGACGGCCGGCUGCCGGAGGGCUUCCCAGCGAGCGAACACUUCGGGCGUCUGACUGCGGGGAGGCGGAGCCUGGCGCUGUUCCAGCACCACGACGCCGUCACCGGCACAGCCCGCGACCCCGUGGUGGUCGACUACGGCACCAGGUUAUUUCAGUCGAUCCUGAACCUGCACCAGGUGCUGCAGAGCUCCGCCCACUGGCUGCUCCUAUUGGACAAGAGCCAGUACCACCACGACCAAUCAAAGCCCUUCAUGCUAACGGACGACGUGAUGUCAUCGCAGGACGCUCUGCCGCAGAAGAUUCCGUUCACCCUCCGUAACGAGCCCAGGUCGCUGGUCGUCUUUAACCCGACGGAGCAGUGGCGUUCGACGGUCGUCAGCGUGGUCGUUGAUGCUCCGGAUGCUCGUGUUGUUGACGCAGAAACGGGCCGACCAAUGGCUGCUCAGAUAUCUGCGGUGUGGGCUGAGCCCAGCCGGGCGUCCACAGAGUCAUUCCAGCUCGACUUUGUGGCCGAACUUCCCCCACUGGCGCUCGUUGUGUACCAUGUGACCAGGGCCUCCCCUGGCUCCACCCACCGUGCUCACUACACCUUCCAUCGCCGUGGCGACCCGCCGACCGUCCAGGCUGAACACUUCAAGGUGUCCCACCCACAGGGAGCUGAGGCCGACGCCCCCCUGUCGCUUAGCAACAACCACAUCCAAAUAUGGAGUUCCCCCGAGACCGGCCUGCUGCAGAAGCUGCGUCUGCAGUCCGGUCUGGUCCGUCAGGUCCAGGUCCAGUUCCUGUGGUACGGAACCAGAACCGGAGCGAACCGGGACAAGAGUGGAGCGUACCUGUUCCUGCCAGGGGAGGAGGGUGGUCAGGUCUACUCGUCCUCGGAGCCCCCCCUGGUCCGUGUCACCAGAGGUCCGGUGUUCUCUGACAUCACUUCCUGUUUCCGUCACUUCACCCACACGCUGCGACUGUUCCACCUAGACGGGCAUGCUGGGAGGUCCCUGGAGAUCUCCAACAUGGUGGACAUCAGGUCAGAGGUCAACAGAGAGCUCGCCAUGCGGCUCGUCAGCGGCGUCGCCAGUGGCAACCGAUUCUACUCCGAUCUCAACGGCUUCCAGAUGCAGCAGCGACGGACUCUGGCGAAGCUCCCGCUGCAGGCGAACUUUUACCCGAUGACCACCGCGGCGUUCCUGCAGGACACUGUGUCCCGUAUGACUCUGCUGGCGGCGCAGAGUCAGGCGGUGGCAUCGCUCAGACCCGGUGAGCUGGAGGUGGUGUUGGACCGGCGGCUGCAGCAGGACGAUAACCGCGGCCUCGGUCAGGGCGUCACAGACAACAAGCUAACAGCAAGUCUCUACCACCUGCUGCUGGAGGACAGGAGGGGCGGGGCUCAGGAAGUGAAGGGAGCCUCAGUGGAACACCUAUCGCUGCUCGCCCACCUGACCUCGCUCUCCCUCAGCCACCCUCCAAUCACCAUGGUUAUCCCCGACAACAGCCAGGUGCCCAAGCUCCGCCCCUUCCUGCCGCUGCACUCGUCGCUGCCGUGUGACCUUCACCUGCUGAACCUGAGGACGCUGGAGGACCGACAGGAAGCAGGAAGUCCAUCACAGGAAGUGGCGCUCCUCCUCCACAGGAAGGGCUUCGACUGUAGCUCCGCCCCUGAGCCACCGCUGGAGUGCACAUGGAGCAUGCACGAGGAGGUGGACCUGGACGCCGUGUUCUCUCCGCUGCCGCUGCGCUCGCUGCGCCGCUCGGCGCUCACGCUGCUGCGACAACAUGACCCGCCGGAAUCUGCCCAGCAACAGCAGUCGCCACGCAUCACCCGCCUGCGACCAAUGGAAAUCAGCGCCUUCCGACUGGAACUCGACUGAAAAACAAAAAGUUUAAAUUCAAGCGUAAUUUGCUCGUUUAUUAGAAAACGUCACAGCGAGCCAAUCAGAAUCUGCGUAACGGGUCACAUGACAAAUGUCUAAAACUUUAAAUGAAGCAGGUUCAAGUUAAAGAGGAAUCAUUUUUUCUAAAAAAUGUUAAA